AUGCCAGCAAGCUGGGCUGCUAGCCAGAGAGCGACUUUCCCUUCCUCCCUUGCCAGAAUGGAGAUCUCUGAGAGUGGAGGAAAUGGGCUUUCCCGAGUGGAGAAAGUGGGCCCAGAAGCAGGUCAGACUAGAGAGAAGAUCAGCAUGGGAGACUGGAAUUGCCCAGCUGGGUAUGGCACAGCCAGCCAGGUAUGCGGAGGGGAGAGUGAGUAUUUGCUCAGCAAGGUGAAGGAGGCAACCUCUUUGAAGAACAGUUCAAGUACCAUACCAUCUGGACAUUUGCUCAUCCGCUACACUGAUGGCCUUGAUCGAGACACUUUCAAAAUUUGCAAGGAGUUUCUGAGACCCUUUAAGAAAUCUCUUCGGAAACUGGAUUUGCCCAAAGAACUUCCCAAGGACAAAAAACUGAAGUACACUAGGAAAAACUUGACCAUACUUGGGGAUCAUAUCAAUAUGUUUCUUCAGCAUUACUGCAAAUCCUGGGAACUCAAACACUGGAAGAAGAUGCUGUGGAGAUUUGUCUCUCUCUUCUCAGAACUUGAUGCAAAACACCUGCGCAAACUGUACAAAUACAGUAAGAGCAACCAAAUGGCCAAGUUUCUGAAAUUGUACUGUAGCUCACAAAACCCUGAUUCAGUUCCAAUACCCGAAAACACCAAGUUGACUAAGCUGUAUGAUGCAUGGGACCUCCACGGAGACAUAAAUAAUAUGCAAGAGAAGCUGAGUCAGAUCCAGUCACAGCCAUCACAAAUGAGCCUAGAAGGUGACUCAGAGGCUGCAAGUAUGACAAAGAAGAGGCUCUGUAAGACUUCUUCAAAGACCAACAAACAGAGAGCACCUGACAAAUCCCACCAUCAGCAAGCCUCAUGGACAAAAAGCAUAGAAAGAAAAAUACAGUGCCUCCAUAGUCAAGGAAUUUUUCCAUACCCAGCAGCUCUUAAGAAUUAA